AACCAUAGUUCCCCUCCAGUUCCUUUUAGAUACUUACUUGGAAUGCACUCAUUCCAUUCAUCAAUACAUACAUAAUUCACCUUGCACGAACCAGGCUUAUUUGCCAUUCAUCCCUUGGGACAUUGCAUUGGAUGGGCUGAAUCUCCUUCAAAUACCGCGGUCCGCCAGUCGCCAUCUUACAGCUUUUAUUGAACGGACUUACUACGCAUCAAUCUGGUCGGCCAUUGAAUCAAAACACCUUGGAUUCUGUCGUAAGUCUCUUCUGACGACACAGAAUCACCUUUUUCCCCCUUCAUACACAUACGAGUAGUAUGGCGUUAUUGUUCUUGAAGAACAAACUCUUCCCGUCGUGGAACCAGAGUGACAGGGAUAAGAAUCAGAGGAAAGGAACCUGGGCGAAGAAAAGCGCAUCCCCGUCACCUGAUUUACGUGAGCUUAUUCUCACAUUCUUUGGGUUCCAAAAUACUGACAUACGAUCUCCAGGACGACCUUUACUUAUUUACGAUUCGGAUAAUAUAGACGGCUCAACUGUCGACGGGAGUGACACAGAUAUUGAAGCACAAAUGAACGGAUCAUACAGCACCUUUGCGGGGACCAACAACGGCGACAAUCACAACAGAGACGAUGCGUCGGUUCGCAGUAACGAAAGCGGGAACCGCUCUCGCAUAAAUCCGAGAUUAAUUUCCGAUGCCAUUCUUGGACUUUCAGAUGGACUUACAGUUCCCUUCGCGCUAAGCGCAGGACUUUCGGCUAUUGGCGAUACAAAGGUGGUCGUCCUUGGUGGGUUAGCAGAGCUGAUUGCCGGUGCAAUCUCUAUGGGACUGGGUGGCUAUGUUGGCGCAAAAAGCGAGCUUGAGUCGUAUGAGGCAACAGUGCGAGAGGUCAACGAAAUCCUUGACCAUCCUGGUGAGACGCGCGCUAUGGUCACCUCUACGUUUGCAAACUACAACCUCUCACCGGGUGCAAUCGAUGAAAUUACCAACUCUCUCCAGGCUGAGCCGGAAAAGCUACGAGACUUUCUCCUUACCUUCCAUCACCGGGAAUCAAAGCCAGAUUGUAACCAAGCGUACAUGUCAGCUCUGACAUUGACCCUUGGCUACUUUAUCGGCGGGUUCAUCCCGUUGAUUCCGUAUUUUAUCGCCAACCAGGUUUACACCGCUUUCAUGUCGAGUGUCAUUGUCAUGGCAGUAACCCUUUUCGCUUUUGGAUAUGUGAAAACUUGCAUUGUCAGGGGAUGGAAAGGAGGGGCUAAUAUCUGGGCUGGUGUGAUGGGAGGCAUUCAGAUGUGUGUGGUUGGUGGACUCGCUGCAGGCGCGGCUGUUGCGCUUGUCAAAUUAAUCAAUAGUGAUGGCAAUGUCUAGUCUCAUGAACAUACUGGCAGUGUUACGACUUUAUGCAUGGUUCUAUUUAUCUCACGUGGAAGUGAAAUGUAUGG